AUGCCAGAAAUCACAAAGAAGGAAAGGACACUGGCAAAGGCCCAGUUCACCAACAGCAGAAGAGCGCUGCUGGUAGAGAUAAACAAGGAUGAAGCAGAUAAGAAGAACAUACUAGGGGCACUGGAUGACCUCAGUGCUCUUGCCACAUCCACCAUCGCCUGUUGUGUGGAAGGUGAUGCCUCAGACUGGUACGAGGAAGUCCAGCUGUUGGAACAGCAAUAUGCCGAAGCGGUAUCGAGAGCAGGGGAUGUGCUGGAGCAGCUGAGAACAGAAAGGCCCAGCAAAGCCACCAGCAUCAGCCACAGCCCCGCAACCAGAGAACGUGCGGCAAAAAUCAGAGAAGUAAGGUCGUUGCUGAAGGAGAAACUGUGCGACGAAGAAGAUGAAGAAGAAGAGGAGGUACCAAGUGUGGAUGUAAGUGAGAGUGCAGGUGUCUACCAGAGUAAAGUAAAAAGCAAUGCACCUGUAAAGCGUACAUGUAUUUCUGACAAGCCCACAACGUCAACCCAGGGAAGGGUCACGUCAUUGCUGUCGGCGGUUACUAUGGAAACGGCGUCGCCAGAGCCGAAGGCAUCUGAGCUUAGCCAAGCCAGAAUGAAACAAGAGCCAUUAGCAGCCAGAACUGUGGCACCGAGCAGCACGGGUUCACAACGGGUACCCAUGGCAACGGGUUUGGUGACUAUGGCCACUGCCAAUACUGGCACAGCAGCCAUACAGAGUACACCAAGUACAUCAGCGACCACUAGGGACUUCACCCGGCAUAUAGGUGCGCCAUUGGCAUUGAGCCAGCAGUACACGGCACCGAAUCCGGCGUACACGGCACCGAAUCCGGCGUACACUGCACCGAAUCCGGCGUACACUGCACCGAAUCCGGCGUACACAGCACCGAAUCCGACGUACACUGCACCGAAUCCAACGUACACGGCACUGAAUCCGGCGUACACUGCACCGAAUCCGGCGUACACUGCACCGAAUCCGGCGUACACUGCACCGAAUCUGGCGUACACUGCACCAAAUCCGGCGUACACUGCACCGAAUCCGGGGUACACUGCACCGAAUCCGGCACCGCAGCAGCAGUCACAGUAUGCACCGCAGCAGCAGUCCCAGGCCGCAUACACGUACACUCCGCAACAGCAGCAGUCUCAGCCGUCAUACACGUACACGUCGCAACAGUACCUACCGCAGCAGCAACAGCUGCCAUCGACGUACAUGCCACAAUAUCAGCCGCAGAACGUGCAACAGCCACAGUAUCUGCGAACAAGUCAGCCACAGACAGACAUCACCACGUGGCACAUGAAGAAAGUUUCUAUUGCCACAUUUGCCGGCGACAAACGGGAAUACGAGGUUUGGAAGGCGGCUUUUGAUGUAUCCAUUGAUCAGCAGGCAACUUCAACAGAAAUGAAGAUGCUGCAACUUAGGCAGUACCUGUCUGGCGAAGCUCUGGCGGUCGUACAAACCCUGGGUUUCACGCCAUCAGCAUAUAGUGCGGCACGCAGACGGCUUGAGAAGAGGUACGGCGGACAGCGGAGGAUGGUGGCCGUCCAUAUGCAAGAACUAGAGGACUUCCCUGCAGUAAAAAUCAGGGCAGCAGACUUUGAGAAGUUUGCAGAUUUGCUAGAGGUGGCGGUGGUAAAAAUGACGGAUGCCGGCAUGACCAGUGAACUCGGCACGGGUACUUUGUAUACACGUAUGCAGAAGAAGCUUGCAACGGAAAACCUCGUCCAGUAUCAUCGCUGGGUGCAGGAGACCAAUGCCAAUGAAUCUGUGACGACUCUUCUAGAUUGGGUGAAUCGAGAAGCCGAAAUAAUGGCUACUGCAUCGGAAACCAUUGACGGCAUCGCCAGUACUGCCAGCAGCAGACAGCGACGUGGUGGUUUCAAUGACCGGAAACCGAGAAACGCAGAGUCGUCCGGAAGAGUCUUCCUAGCAGAAAAGAAGAGCGAGAGCUGUGCCGCUUGCAGCGAGCAGCACCCCGUCUGGAAAUGUCCGUCUUUCAAGGCAAAGACCGUGGAUGAACGAUAG